AUGGCCACAUACGCCCGCGACGUAGCCAUCCGCGAAGCCAAACUCCAUGUCCGUGAAAUCGUCCGCAACGACUGGUCCUUCCAUCCAUCGACCGACGCCGGCGCGCCCGCCUCGUCUUCUCCGCCGCCUCCAACACACGAGAUCGCAGAAUGGCGACUGCGCGAAUACGACAGCUCCGGGUCCGAGCUGGAACCCGUAUCGUCGCCGGACAUUGGGGCCUCCGAUCACACCGUCCUGCCUGAUUCGUUGCGGGCCAUGUCUCCCCGGCGCAAACGUCGUCGACAAGAGGAGGAGGCCGAAAUGCGUUGGAAUGAGGGGUUACGCACAUGGGUCGAGAGACGGAAUGCCUGGUCGGGCGCCCUGUCGAGGGAGGAGAUUCGUCGACGACAGCUGCAGCCACGGGACUCGCAGCUAGAAGAUGGUGCACUAUCGCAUGACGACCAGAAGAAAAAGGAGGAGGCGUCGAAUCCUACAUUGGAGUCUUCUACAUCGUCGGCCGGUUCUGGAUGCGACGAGCUCACCACAAGAACCGAAGUCUCCUUGUCUAUUACAGAAAGGGAAGAAUUUACCUCCCAGUUCCCUGCCGACCGCGAACGCGAAGACGAACCCUCGACCGCUGAUCCAGAGAAUCUCCAUCCCACCGCAUCCCUCAUCCCCGACCCGGAUCUAACCACCGGGGUGACGCCUACGACACCAGCUCCUGCCCCCGCCAGUGUAGCAGCUACUGAAACCGCUGCAUCGUAUCAUGACCCCUCGACCGGCGACCAACAACAACAGCAAGAAGAAGAAAGAGAAAGAGAAGAUCCCUUCAUCCCCGUGGCUCCCACACUAAUCUCCACCACCAACCCUGUCCGCGCCGCCAUCGCCCCAACCAUGUACCCCUCCAUCUACUCGAAGGUCGUAGUCCAGGGUCUUACGCCCACCGUCCCCAUCAACCUGGUCGACGUGACCAAGGCCAUCGUCCAAGGCUGGAAAGCAGAUGGUCAAUGGCCGCCUAAACCUGCGACCUCCAACAUCGUGCUCCAAGAUGACGCCACCGUUCGAAAACCCAACAAUGCACUCGACCAGGCCUCCCCCGAGUCGAAGAAGCGAUCUGGCGUCGCCAGUGCCGUCCGCAAGGUCCUGCAUUUUUCGGGCUUUCAUCCGCAUCGGAGAUCCUCGAGUCACGGGCAGAAUGAUGUUCCUACUACCGGGGAGGGGAAUGGGAUCGUGGAUCAGACGAUUCCAAAUAAGUCAUAG